AUGUUAAUAUUUCUGAAUAAUUUUUCUCUAUUUUCAGGUAUAAGCCUCAGUACAUUAAAGAGGAAGAUCGAGGCUUUGGAUCCAGUGCAGGAUGUUGUAAAGGCAGUCCACAAGUCAUCAAUACAGAAGCCUGGUCCAAAGCCUUGGAUCUUGGACGACUUUAACCGGAACGUUGUCAAAAGGACCAUCCAUGAUAUGUACCGGAAGAAACAGGUGGUGUCCAUGCCCCGUCUUCAUGAAGUCCUGAAAGAGAAAGACAUUACUGCAUCAUUGUCAACAGUAGUGAGAACAGUGAAGUCACUGGGUUUUCGGUUUUCCAAGAAAGGAUCGGGCCGACGUCAUGUCGUUGAGAGGGAUGAUGUUGUCGCUCUUCGUCACCAUUAUCUGCGUCAGAUACGUAAGUACAGGCAGCAAGAGCGUCAUAUUGUGUAUUUAGAUGAGACUUGGUUGAAUUCCAAUCAUGUAGUCAAAGGUGAUUGGCUGGAUGAACCUAGCACAUCCAUGUCAGUCUUUGAGCCACACUGUGAGGGCAGCGGGCGUUCUUUACCAUCUGGUAAAGGCACUCGUUUGAUAAUCCUAGAUGCUGGAUCUUCUCAAGAAGGCCUCAUCCCUGGUGUUGGCCUAAUCUUUGAGUCGAAAACCAGCAGCUCGGAUUAUCAUGAUGAAAUGAAUAGUGAACACUUCACAGAAUGGUUCAGAGACACGCUCAUCCCUAGACUAACUCCCCAGUCUGUAGUUGUAAUGGACAAUGCUCCAUAUCACAGCCACUUAGAUCCUGAGUCGAGGGCACCUUCUACAGGUGCUAAUAAACCAGGUAUCUCGGCAUGGUUGGAUAAGAACAAUGUUGAUUAUGACCCCAAAAUGAAAAAGACUGGGCUGCUUGAUUUGGUAAAUCAGCACAAGCCUCAGAAAAAAUAUGUGAUAGACGAACUUGCAAAAGCUCAUGGCCAUGUGGUUUUACGAUUACCCCCUUACCAUUGUGAGCUCAAUCCCAUUGAAAUGGUUUGGUCUGACUUGAAAGGCUUCGUAGCUAGAAAAAAUUCUACCUACAAAAUUAAAGAUUGUAAGAAGCUUUUUGAGGAGGCCAAGUCCCAUUUCAGUGCGGAGCGCUGGGCUAAAUUUGAGACUCAUGUGGUGAGGGAGUAUGAAGAAAAGCUCUGGCAGAUCGAUGGUCUCAGAGACAAGGCUCUUUCUCCAGUUAUUAUACACAUGACGGACGAUGAGACGGAUGACAGUCAGGCGACUAUUGUAUAUUGUCAGGAGGGGGGUACCGAUGACGAGGAAAUUGACAUGGACAUUGUUGACGGUUAUGUCUCUGAUACCAGCGAUCAGGCUGAUGUGAUUUUGUGUAAAAUUUGUCAUGACACUGAUCCGCCAGGACGUGUUCCCAAGCGAGACCGGGGAACACACAUUGAUUGGUUUCAGUGUGACACCUGUGAUCAGUGGCUGCAUAACAAAUGUUGCACAAAACCUGCCCUGGCGCAGAUAAUGUGUCCUCGGUGCUAUUCUCUUCUUCACCACCGAAAGCUCAGUGAAACACUGGUCUCACCACUGGAUGAUAUGGAGCAAUAAUGUCUUUCUUUAAUGUUGGUCAAAUGCAGUGCAUUUUUCCAUCAGUUUCAGGACUUCUGAAGAAUGGACAAUGUUAUAUCUGUGAUAAAAGCAUAUCUGUGAUAAAGACUAUAUUGUGAUAAAAGUAAAGCAUAUCUGUG